UAAGCCAAGCCGGGAGCAAGCCAAGAGAAAGCAAACCAGAGAACUAGCCAACGCUAGAGCCAGAGCCAAUGCCAGUGCCAGUGCCACAGUCAUCGCAUAUGUGAGACGGUGGCGACAAAGGCGAACCCACGACCUUUGGCACCGAGUUCAGGCAACUGCUAAGGAGAGGUCAGCGAAUCAAUAGACAAGUGGAGAAACAGCGCGCAAAAGCCCUAAGGCCGCCUGGAUAUAGAACACCCGUAGAAAGCGACCAAAAUUCACUCGCAAAUUAUGCUGACCAUGUCCACUCUGAUGAUGCCAGCACCGACUAUAGCCAUGGGUGCACCGCAGAUCACAAUGGGCCCACACAAGCCGCCGGAAACGAAGCUCCUGGCCAUCCAUCCAGCAGCAGCUGCUGCCGCAGCCGCCCAGCAGCAACAGCAUCAGCAAACGGUGACAGCUGCUCAUCUGCAGCACAAUGGCCAGCAGCAGCAUUCCCAACAGCAGCAGCAGCAGCAACAGCAAAUGUCGCAACAACAGUCGGCCGUGCAACAACAACAGCAGCAGCAGCAGCAUCAGCAGAUGGUUGGCAGCAACUCCAAGCCAGAACAGUUUCACAUUUUUGUGGGCGACUUGAGUGCCGAAAUUGAGACACAGCAAUUGAAAGAUGCAUUCACCCCAUUUGGAGAAAUAUCAGACUGCAGAGUGGUGCGUGAUCCGCAGACGUUGAAAUCAAAGGGAUAUGGGUUUGUCAGCUUUGUCAAGAAAUCGGAAGCGGAAACCGCCAUCACUGCCAUGAAUGGGCAGUGGUUGGGCUCGCGCUCGAUACGCACAAAUUGGGCCACACGGAAGCCGCCGGCAACCAAGGCAGACAUGAACGCCAAGCCGCUGACCUUUGACGAGGUGUACAACCAGAGCAGCCCCACCAAUUGCACCGUCUACUGUGGCGGCAUCAACGGAGCCCUCUCUGGCUUCCUCAACGAGGACAUACUGCAGAAGACUUUCUCGCCCUAUGGCACAAUACAGGAGAUACGCGUCUUCAAGGACAAAGGAUACGCAUUUGUUCGUUUUUCCACCAAGGAGGCGGCCACCCAUGCCAUUGUGGCCGUCAACAACACGGAAAUCAACCAGCAGCCAGUGAAGUGUGCGUGGGGCAAGGAAAGCGGCGAUCCCAACCAUAUGUCGGCCAUUGCCGGCCAGGCCCUGGCCCAGGGCUUUCCAUUUGGCUCCGCCGCGGCUGCGGCAGCUGCAGCGGCUGCCUACGGUCAGCAGGUGGCCGGCUACUGGUAUCCACCGGCACCCACAUAUCCCACUGCGGCCCCGGCCAGCGCCCUGCAGCCCGGCCAGUUCCUGCAGGGCAUGCAGGGCUUCACCUACGGUCAAUUCGCCGGCUAUCAGCAGGCCGGAUACAUGGGGAUGGGCGUACAGCUGCCGGGAACCUGGCAGAGUGUGCCUGCACAGCCGCAGCUGGCGGGUGCCGCUGCUGGCACGGCACAGCAGAUCACACAGAGCGUGGGCAGUGGGCUGCCACAGGCUACCGGAGUGGUGGCCUAUCCCAUGCAACAGUUUCAGGUCAGUCCGCAGCUGGCGGAGGACGAGUGGCUGGCGCCUAGUUUGCUCGUGUAGCUGCCAUGAGGCGUGGCCAUGUAUCCCACACAACAACAACAGCAGCAGCAGCAGCAACAGUUGCAACAGCCGCAAGAGCAGCA